GCCCGCCCCCCCUAACCAAAGACAAUGGUUCACUGUGCCGGUUGCAAAAGACCCAUCCUAGACCGCUUCCUCUUGAACGUUUUGGACCGCGCUUGGCACGUCAAAUGCGUUCAGUGCUGUGAAUGUAAAUGCAACCUGACCGAGAAGUGUUUCUCCAGGGAAGGGAAGCUUUAUUGUAAAAACGACUUUUUUAGGUGUUUUGGGACCAAGUGUGCUGGCUGCUCGCAGGGCAUCUCUCCCAGUGACCUGGUCAGGAGGGCAAGGAGCAAAGUCUUUCACCUGAGCUGUUUCACCUGCAUGAUGUGUAACAAACAGCUCUCCACCGGCGAGGAGCUUUAUAUCAUCGACGAGAACAAGUUUGUCUGCAAAGAAGAUUACCUGAGCAACAGCAGCACUGCCAAAGAGAACAGCUUGCACUCAGCCACCACCGGCAGCGACCCCAGCCUCUCCCCGGACUCCCAAGACCCCUGCCAAGACGAUGCCAAGGACUCGGAGAGCGCCAACGUGUCCGACAAGGAGGUGGGCAGCAACGAGAAUGACGACCAAAACCUGGGGGCCAAGCGGAGAGGGCCCCGCACCACCAUCAAGGCCAAGCAACUGGAGACCCUCAAAGCGGCUUUUGCUGCCACCCCUAAGCCCACCCGGCAUAUCCGUGAACAGCUGGCACAGGAGACCGGCCUCAACAUGCGAGUCAUCCAGGUUUGGUUCCAGAACCGGCGCUCCAAAGAAAGGCGCAUGAAGCAACUGAGCGCGCUGGGUGCCCGACGGCACGCGUUUUUCCGCAGCCCCCGCCGCAUGAGGCCGCUGGUAGACCGUCUGGAGCCUGGAGAGCUCAUCCCCAACGGGCCCUUCUCCUUUUACGGAGAUUACCAGAGCGAAUACUACGGACCUGGGAGCAACUACGAUUUCUUCCCCCAAGGACCGCCUUCCUCUCAAGCCCAGACGCCGGUGGAUCUCCCUUUUGUGCCAUCGUCCGGGUCGUCAGGAACGCCUCUCGGGGGGAUGGACCACCCCUUACCUGGACACCACCCUUCCAGCGAAGCUCAGCGUUUCACAGAUAUCAUGUCACACCCACCUGGGGACUCUCCGAGCCCAGAACCCAACCUCCCUGGCUCCUUGCACUCCAUGUCGGCGGAAGUUUUUGGGCCGAGUCCUCCGUUUUCCUCGAUAUCUGUCAACGGCGGUGCUAACUAUGGCAGCCACUUAUCACAUCCGCCCGAAAUGAACGAGGCUGCUGUAUGGUAGCUUUAAAUACCAAGACUAGGGGCUGAGAAAUCGAAGCCCAGGGAGAUUUUGGUAUAAACUGGAGGACAAUCUUCAUGAUACAGAAUCAACAGAAGAAAAGAAAAGACAAGGAAAAAAAUAUGAAGAAAGUAAAUCUCUUUUUGUACCAAGUGAAGAAGGAAAAAAAGACACUGGCGAAGUGGAUUUGUUUCGAUACUGCCAUGUAUUAUGGGAUGGCGAAUAGUGAGUGCCCGCAUUCACUAGACUAUAACUCUAGGGGGGGAAACAAGAUUCUCAGAGACUUUUCUCAUAGGAAAAGAAACCAAUAUUGAAUAAAGGCAAGGUCAACAAGAACAAGAAAAUAAAAAAAGCUUCAAGGAAUUCUAGUAUUUUUUAAAAUGAUGAUUCUUUUGGUAUUAUUGAUUUGUUUAAUUUUGCCUCCAAACAUUCAACAUGAGCCACAACAAUAGACUUUUAAAGCUUCAGAAAUGUCAGGUGGGGCAAAUGAAAUGUAGUUAAUUUUGUUGUUAUUUUUGGGAGGGUGGUGCUUUGAUGUUUCUUUUAUUUUUAUUGGCCAAAAUAGCAAAUAUUUAAAUAUAAGCCCUCCGAAUCAACUCUUCUACCUUCUCUGAGCGACACACACCAAUAAUCCUCAAAACCCAGAAGUCUUCUGCUAGACUUCUAAGUAAAAAAAAAACUGACUUGAAAAGCAACGAACGACAAAGUAUUCUACCUUCAGAAAAAUAAAAGCUAAACAAACAAAAAUAAAAAAAUAAAGACUCUAUGAAACUAGAAAGAAAGCAGUCAACUGUUUACGUCGAAUGUUAAAUUCAGGAGCGCAAUGUUUUACUUAAAAAAAUAAUCCUGUUUUAGAACCUCUUGUUCAAAAGCAAAGUAUUUUGAGCAAUCAACCAAAAUAGUUCAUUUUUCUUUCUUUUUCCUUUUUUUCUGUAGUUGUUAUAAGACAUUACAGGGCUUGUGUUUCACUGUGCUAGUUUGUAAAGGUGGCGUUUACAGCAGGCAAAGAAUAAAAACUUAUAAAAUCAAACAGUUGCCAAAUAAAACAAUUCUAUAGCACAAAAUACUCUUUGGGGGUGCUGUACCCACAGCCCGGGGGGAAAACGCAAAACAUUUUAAACAAAGUGUUACAAGGUUAAGAGGGGGGGAAAUUUAACAUCUUUGCUAAUGUUUAGUCCUGUUCAACAUUAAUGGAAUUGUUAAUAUGACUUAUAUAGACCCACACAGGUUUUAUUUUUGUGUCUUUAAAAGAAAAAAAGUCCAAAAUAUUUAAAUUUUAUGGUCAAAUAUGCAGUCAGCAGCUGCUACUUUUUUUCCUUUAUAUAUUAAAUUUCUCAUAUGUCUUUUAUUGUUCAAAUAAACCUAAGCUUGUGUGACCUCCAGUGCAUAUUAGACCAUUCACUGUAUGAAAGGGGGGGAAAGUUGGAUUAAAAAAUUUGUGAAUUUUUAAUAAAAUUAGAAAAUCUGAUGUUUA